UAUCUUAAAUGAGCGAAAAAAAGGAUUAAGAAACAAUGCAGCGAUAAUCACAGACUCAGCUUCUGAGCCGCGGAGCGCCAUCUGGACGAAUUGUUACUUUUGCCGUCCCAUGUUUUUUUCUAAUACAUUUUUAUUUUCCAAACAGGAGACGGAAGCACAACUGUAGAAUUGCAUCAAGCACACGCUGCGGUGUAGAAAACACUCUGUAGUGUAGAAAUGGGGAUUUCAAAUGGAAGCUCGCUGGUGCAAAUGUGCCUCGUCAAAGUUGCUAAAAACAUGGAUGAGUUGGAAAGAAAGGUUGCGAAUCUGCCUGUCUCUCUCCUGAAAGACUUACUGCCACAUCUAAACAUUUAUUAUCUGGACAGAAUCGAAACUGCUGCUGCCUCCAAAGGAAUCUCCACCUCUGUAAUUUGGGCAGCAAUAUGGAGAGAUCUGGACCAGACGUGGCGCUGGAGAUUGAAGUCAGCGCUGCCCGAUCAGGACUGGAAGCAGAGAUGUUUGGAAAGGCUCUUUCACAUGGUGCUGUUCACUCAGGUCAGACGGGGAGGAUCAUACCUUUCAGACCUCAGCGAUUCUUCCAUUCUCUCCAUGACCGUAAAACACGUACGAGUCCUUUCUCUCCACACAUCAACCAGAAACAUCAGCAGGCUUGCGUCCGGGGACCUGCGGCCCAUCCUGAGCAGCCUAGAAAAGGGAGUGACGUCCCUCAAAUUACUGGAUGCAAAAUCGCUGUUCAAACACGGACGGAAACACGUGCUGUUUGUCCUCCACCGGCUGCUGGAUCACGGCUCUGUUAUAGAAGUGGUUCUGAGAAGGAAUCCAGAUUCAUCUUUUCUGAGCUGGCUCACGUCCAGACGCAGGGGUCAUCAGUUAUCAGUGUCCAGUACUCCGGAGGCAUCCCAUCGUUCAGUAGUAGGUGAAUUCGACUCGAGGUGUAGAGCAGAGCUGGAGGAACCCGCUGCCAAACGUCUCGCUUUAGACAUGGAGGAAAACCCAGAGGUUUUGUGCAGUGAGUUUUCAUCCUCAAGCAGCCCUGCUGACCGCUGCCCUGAAGGCCAGAUCCACUCGCUUGAUUUUGAAGUGUCCAAAUGUGAAAUCCUGACCACAGUGUCACGUAUCCUGCCUACAUGGUUGUGUCUCCACACACUGCAUCUUCACAGUGACUGGCUCAUCAGUGAGCAGGAGAUGUCAGUGUUGGUGGAGUCUCUCAGACGGUUGUUUCUGAACCCCGGCUGCUCUCUGACGGAUCUCAGUAUAAGUCAUGUCAGCGGUCACACACACUUGAUCAGCAUUCUGAGAGCCUGUCUGACCCUAAAGAACCUGUGUCUGGAGAUCUGCCCGCCUGCCGUCAGAAACACAUGGAGACCGCAGCCACGGUUCACUGAAAACAGAGAGCUCUGUCUGGAAAAGCUGACGGUCAGAUCCACAGGUCCAAUGACAGUGACGUGUUUUCUGCCGGUCCUGAAAACAGCUCCAAAACUCAGCAGCAUUCAUUUCACAGGAAUCCAUCUGUCACAGCAGUUUUUUCACACAUUAACAGGAUCUAAUCCAUCCCUCAAGGUAUUAAAGCUGGAAGACAUAAACUUAUCUGACCAUCACCAGGAGAUUCUUCAGUUUCUGGAACAUUCUGUGUUAGAAGAGCUGUGCUUCAGAGACUGCAGGCUGCUGGAUAAGUGUGCGGUAAAGAAGGACUUCCUGCUGCCAUUUGUAGAAGCACUGAAAGGGAUUUCCUCCCUCCGAACCCUGAUGCUGGCCCAGAAUCGUCUGGCAACGAGUGCCAUAGAGAUUGCUAAAUUAUUCUCAGGAUGCCGCCCAAGCAAAAUCACAAGAGUAGACCUAAGCUUAAAUUUCAUUAUUUCUUUUUUGCUGCUGGAGUUCGCGCAGCUGCUGGAAACAUACAGGCCUGUUCAGCGCCUCACGCUUGACCUGAGGUCUAAUCCACUGGACCGUGACCCGGAGGUCAAAGGUCAAGCUCUGCGAAAGCUCAUCCCGUACUGUAAUAUAUUAACAGACGACUGGGACUCCAGGUCCACUAUGGCAGACCACAUCAGUGUGAUGUGACCAAUUCUGCAGCUGCCCUUGCGAAAGACAUUUGCAAAAUGUGAGCAAAAGCACAUGGAAAUGAGACUGUGGGUAAUAAAUGACCUGCACAGACACACUGGGUAUAAUUACACUCUUAGAUGGAGAUAAUUAUUGAAUGCCUCUUUUAUCCGAACAGUGAUGCCAGUUAGACAGAUCACUGCAAAAAAGCAAAAAAGUCCUUAUAUUACAUAAUUUGAUGAUGUGGAGCUUGAAAAUAUCAAAACCUGUUUCAAUGAAAAAUCUCUCAAUAUACAAUCUGUAAAGUAGUGGGGAAAAAAUGUUAAUACUCCAUUUAAUGUCAAAUAACUUCAUAAGAUAAGGAAAUCACCCACAGCAGCAGCAGAAAACAUCUGGCUAAUGUUGGCAUUUUCUUCUGUCACUGGCCAUAAUUCUAACCAUGAAAGCAGGUUCAGGCAUAACGUCCUCAGAAUCAUUUAUAGAUGUGAAAAUCUGGCUCAGAGGUAAAUGUGAAUCAUGUCUCUUUUGCAGGUUAAGGGAUAAUAAAAGACCACCUCACAAAUGA